AUGCCGGGGGACGGAGCCACGGACACCUCCUGCCCUGCCAUGGCAGCCUUCCUGGGGGGCACCGAGGGGUCUCCGUGCUGGGCCGGCGGCAAGAACCAGCGCGUGUGCCACGCUGCAGCACGGCUGGAGAUGGGCAGCCUCUGGGAAGAGUUCAACCGUCUGGGCACCGAGAUGAUCGUCACCAAGGCGGGCAGGAGGAUGUUCCCCACCUUUCAGGUGAAGCUGUCGGGGCUGGAUCCGUCAGCCGACUACGUCCUGCUCAUGGAUUUCAUCCCGCUGGACGACAAGAGAUACAGAUACGCUUUCCACAGCUCCUCCUGGCUGGCGGCUGGCCGGGCUGAGCCRGCGGCUCCCGGCCGCGUCCACUUCCACCCCGACUCGCCGGCCAAGGGCGCGCAGUGGAUGCGGCAGAUCGUGUCCUUCGACAAGCUCAAGCUGACCAACAACCUCCUGGACGACAACGGCCACAUCAUCCUCAACUCCAUGCACCGCUACCAGCCCCGCUUCCACGUGGUCUUCGUGGACCCGCGGCGUGACAGCGAGCGCUUCGCCCACCAGAACUUCAAGUCCUUCAGCUUCCCCGAGACCCAGUUCAUGGCAGUCACAGCCUACCAGAACCACCGGAUCACCCAGCUGAAGAUCGCCAGCAACCCAUUCGCCAAGGGAUUUCGGGAUGGCGACCCUGAGCUGUGGUUUGGGGCGCCGCCCGGGUCCCUGCUGGGCACGAAGCCCCGCGGCCGGGCAGCCCCACUGCCCCCGAGCCCCGAGAAGCAGGAGAAAGGUAGGGGGGCUGAAGGGGGGGCUGAGCCCCUGCUGCUGCCCGUGUCCCCUGCGGGUGCUCCACGCGGCUCUGGGGCUCUGGUGGCCGCCCCCCAGCAGCCAGCGGCACCCCCCAGCUUCCCCGAGCUCCCCGCGCCCGCCUUCCAGCCCCUUGCCUGCCCCCCUGCCGUCUAUGUGGGGGCCAAACCCCACACCCUGCCCUACCCCCUGCCCCCCUUCCCCUCACUCAGCCCCUACGGCCCCGCUGCAGCCCCCACCUUUGGCUACGGCCAGCAGUGA